CCCCUGGCCCGGCUUGGGCGCCCGAGGUUUCCGGUGCACGGCCGCCGGCGGUGACGCCUUGCUGCUCGGGAGCAGGCGCCGCUUCUCCACAAACCAGCUGCAGGCCUGUGGAAAUCCAAUCAAGCCAUACACGGGUGGAGCGUGCUUGGCCGUUUUGUGCAAAAGGACACAGUAGCCUAACCUACUAAAGCUUCCAUUUGCUGGAACUGGGCAUCCACCCAUCCCUGCCAAGUCUUGGGAGAAGACUCAACUCCAGGAAGGCUUUCUGCCAGGGCCUGUGGUUGUACUUUCAUGCCCCACAGCCACCAUCACCCAGCAUAUGCAAGUGGGUUUUAAGUUAUCCAGGACAUCAACAGCUUCUGGGUGAUUCCAAGGAUUAAAGAGUCUGCAGGUUGCUAUGUUAAUGCUGCUUGUCUUUGGAGUAUUGCUUCAUGAAGUCCCACUGAGUGGCCAGGAUGAGGCUCAUUCUGAGGCUGACAGUGUGCCAGGCAAAGCCCUGUAUGACUACUCCAGCCUCCGCCUCCCAGAGAAACACAUUCCCUACUUCUUGCACAAUAACAGGCAUAUUGCCUCUGUCUGCAAAGAGGAUUCCCAUUGUCCAUAUAAGAAACAUCUAGAAAAUCUAAACUACUGCUGGGGUUAUGAGAAAUCCUGCAAACCAGAGUUUAGAUUUGGUUACCCUGUUUGCAGCUAUGUCGACAUGGGAUGGACAGACACUCUGGAGUCGGCUGCGGACAUGUUCUGGAAGCAAGCUGACUUUGGAUAUGCCCGGGAGCGGCUGGAGGAGAUACAUGUGCUCUGUCAGCCAGAGAGAACUAGUGACUCAAGUCUGCUUUGUUCCCGGUACCUUCAGUAUUGCAGAGCUACUGGUCUCUACCUGGACUUAAGAAACAUCAAGAGAAACCAUGACAGAUUCAAGGAAGAUUUUCUUCAGGGUGGUGAAGUUGGUGGACACUGUAAACUGGACAGUCAUGCGUUGAUGUCGGAAGGGCAGCGCAAAAGCCCCCUGCAGUCUUGGUUUGCUGAACUGCAAGGCUACACUCAGCUCAAUUUCAGGCCUAUAGAAGAUGCUAAAUGUGACAUCGUUGUUGAAAAACCAACAUAUUUCAUGAAAUUAGAUGCAGGUGUUAACAUGUAUCACCACUUCUGUGAUUUCCUCAAUCUCUACAUCACCCAGCACGUUAACAAUUCCUUCAGUACAGACGUGUACAUCGUGAUGUGGGACACCAGCUCUUAUGGAUAUGGUGACCUGUUCUCCGAUACCUGGAAAGCAUUUACUGAUUAUGACGUCAUACAUUUGAAAGCCUAUGAUUCCAAAAAGGUGUGCUUUAAAGAAGCCGUGUUCUCGUUGCUGCCCCGCAUGCGGUACGGGCUGUUCUAUAACACGCCUCUGAUCUCUGGCUGUCAGAAUACUGGGUUAUUCAGGGCCUUCUCCGAGCAUGUGCUGCAUAGGCUGAACAUCACUCAGGAGGGACCCAAGGAUGGGAAAGUUCGAGUUACCGUUCUUGCACGCAGCACAGAAUACCGGAAAAUACUGAACCAAAAUGAGCUGGUAAAUGCACUGAAAACAGUAUCCACAUUUGAAGUCCAGAUUGUUGAUUACAAAUACAGAGAACUUGCGUUUUUAGAUCAGCUGAGGAUCACACACAACACGGACAUAUUUAUUGGCAUGCACGGAGCUGGCCUUACCCACUUACUUUUCCUUCCAGACUGGGCUGCUGUAUUCGAGCUGUACAACUGUGAAGAUGAGCGCUGUUACUUAGACCUGGCCAGGCUCAGAGGCGUCCACUACAUCACCUGGCGGAAGCCCAGCAAAGUGUUUCCUCAAGACAAGGGGCACCAUCCAACUCUGGGUGAACACCCCAAGUUUACCAACUACUCUUUUGAUGUAGAAGAAUUCAUGUACCUUGUCCUUGAGGCUGCAGAGCAUGUACUGCGACAUCCACAGUGGCCAUUUAAGAAGAAACAUGAUGAACUGUAGAAAUGUUUGUUUACAAGAAGAGAGCGUUUAAACACUCUCACAUCCAGACUCACAGGCAAAGGAGCAAAACAGCCUGCCAUAGCCUCCUGUAAGAUGAACUAUGACUUUUGACUUUCCAAUAUAGCUCAGGCUGGCCUUGAACUAAUGAUCCUCUGAGCCUCUUGGGUGCUCAGAUUACAGGUGUGUACCACCGUGCCUGUCUACAAAAUUACUUUUUCUAUAUGAAAACAUACGUUCAGGAUGUUUUGUCUUUAAGUCUUCUAUGUGUUUAUUGUGUCGUUGCUAUUUGCCGAUAGCGAUAGUAUUUUUGCACUGAAAAAAGUUACUUUUAUAGUUCAAAGUUGGGCCGGUGCCCAUUGGUGUAACAGAGCUUUCCUGUCGGGAUACCAAAGUUGUCAACUUAAGCAGCUUUAGAAUUUAUAAGUGUGUUUGUUGACUAUAAUAUGAUUGUAAUUCCAGAGUGUUCCACCUUGUUGUUUAUGUACUUGGAUGAAUUCAAAACUGAUUUUGUACUUGCCAUUGUCUGUUUAUAAUAAUGGUUCUAGGGCCUGGGGACAUGGCUUAGUUUAGAAUGCUGGCCUUGCAUGUAUGGGGCCCUGGGUUCAAUCUCUAGCAACACACAUGCUCAACGCACAUGCACAUCCACACACCAGCAUAAGUCUGUGAUUCUCAGGACCAAGCUAUAAGACUGUGUUAUAGAUCAGUGUUUAGUCAGCUCCCGGUUAUGUGCACCAAGAACCUGAAUAAAUCAAACUGUUGUAUUAA